AUGGCUCGUACAAAGCAAACUGCCCGUAAAUCGACUGGUGGAAAAGCCCCACGUAAGCAACUGGCAACAAAGGCAGCUCGUAAAAGUGCUCCAGCAACAGGAGGUGUAAAGAAACCACAUCGUUAUCGUCCUGGAACAGUGGCUCUUCGUGAGAUUCGUCGUUAUCAGAAAAGCACCGAAUUGUUAAUUCGUAAAUUGCCUUUCCAACGUUUAGUUCGUGAAAUUGCUCAAGAUUUCAAAACAGAUUUGCGUUUCCAGAGCUCAGCUGUUAUGGCGCUUCAAGAAGCAAGUGAAGCUUAUUUGGUUGGCCUGUUUGAAGACACAAAUUUGUGCGCCAUCCAUGCCAAACGUGUCACAAUUAUGCCAAAAGACAUUCAAUUGGCCAGACGCAUCCGUAUGGCUCGUACAAAGCAAACUGCCCGUAAAUCGACUGGUGGAAAAGCCCCACGUAAGCAACUGGCAACAAAGGCAGCUCGUAAAAGUGCUCCAGCAACAGGAGGUGUAAAGAAACCACAUCGUUAUCGUCCUGGAACAGUGGCUCUUCGUGAGAUUCGUCGUUAUCAGAAAAGCACCGAAUUGUUAAUUCGUAAAUUGCCUUUCCAACGUUUAGUUCGUGAAAUUGCUCAAGAUUUCAAAACAGAUUUGCGUUUCCAGAGCUCAGCUGUUAUGGCGCUUCAAGAAGCAAGUGAAGCUUAUUUGGUUGGCCUGUUUGAAGACACAAAUUUGUGCGCCAUCCAUGCCAAACGUGUCACAAUUAUGCCAAAAGACAUUCAAUUGGCCAGACGCAUCCGUGGCGAACGUGCUUAA